CAUCCGGUUUCGGUUAAGAUGUUGGCGGGACUUAGAGCAAUUUCUUACGGUUAAAUUGCAUGUGUUUUUGUUGAUAACAUCGUGCAUUUGUAAUGAUAAGUUCUUAAAUAGCUGCAGACAAUGUUAGAAUUAAAAAGGAAACGUUCAUUUACAGAUGGCAUAUGCCGAGAAGUACAACCGGAGAAGAAACUGUGUUAUGGAAUCUCAAAUGAAAUAUCCACACUCUCACCAAACAUCUCUGCUCAUGAGAAUCAGAUUACAGCCUUAGAUUUGUCCACAAGACCACGUGAAAGUGUCUGCGACACACGGCUGCACAUUCAUGAAAAUUCAGCAGACAUUCAGGUGAAACGGACCUGCAAUGGCUGGACAACAAUGGAUGUUGACGGAAUGCCAUCAAGUGUUCCAACAGAGUCUAGUAUGUUGUCCCGAUGUGCUAAAUGUGCAGCUGGACAAGGGGGCCACAUUUCACAUUUGUUGAGCUGAGCCAUGGAUCUUCAGCAACAGACUUGAUUCACCAAGGGGGGACAACUCCUCAUAUAAUGCUGUUGUGAGAUGCAGCACUUGUGGAGCUACUGUCGUCAUGGGGAUAGAAGAUCUCAUGGCCUUGAUAAUUUUUAUUAUUAAUAAUGGAUAUUUAUAUAGCGCACAUAUCCACACACCAGUGCAUGCUCAAGGCCCUGGUAUUUUUCCCUCGAUCAUUGGAUGUCAAUCUCAACGGCACAUCGUAUUAUCAAUCUCUGC